AUGGUGAAAGCCCUUAAUUACAGGUCGGGGGUGGUGCGGCUCGGCGACGGGGACGAUGCACCUCUGGAAGGUCUGGAAGCCAAGAAACUCCGGUCGAAAGCUUAUGCCCUCAAGUAUGCCCACCCAGCGAAAAGGCCGCACGCCGGAUCAAGUUCUGCUAGAGUUCUUCAGCCGAUAUCGAACCGGAUCCUACCUAGGUCCAGGAAGACGGGAGGAAGGCAUAGGCCUAUAAAGGUAAAGCCACUGGACGAAGAAGAGGAAGCCUCAGAGACCCGGCCCUUCGUGAUCUCCGAGGAGCCUGAAGAUAUUUCGUCCCCUCGAACGGAUUUUGACCACCGGGAUGUCCAUGACAAGGAUGCCGGUUGCCAGAAAGUGGUCGAACGGCCUCGGCCGGCCACUGAGCAGCUCCUCGACGCCCUAAAGCUUCGAGUAGAGACUGCCGCUCACGACUGGGCAGAGAAGCAUGAACGCCUUGCGAUUUGCCAAGCCGCCGCUUGCCCUCCAACUCCAAGGGCGCGUCUAGGACUGGACAAUCUUGUCGCAAGGCUGGAGGAAGCGGAGAGGAUAGUGGCCGCUCGGAAGGCUAAGGCAGCCGCUGCAGCGUCAGCGUCUCGUUCUGGCAAGCGUAAAACUCUGAGCUCGUCUGUCUCCGAUAAGGCACAUAGUUCUGGCUGCUUCGGAUGUUCUUUCUCUGUCGCUGGUAUCCGCCAUUUCCACUUUAUGAAGGGUUUGACAAAGGUGGAUGGCCCCCGUCCGGCUGGACCUCCGAGCGAAUCAACAAACGGGGUGCCGAGUACAUCGAAGCUACCUCGACGCGACAGUAAAACUUUUUGGAGGACAUCUGGACCAGCCUCAGCUUGUACGAGCAAUCUCACCUGCGGUCUGACUGUCUCGGGAAAGAACGCCUUGGUCUCUGCGGAGAAUGUCCUGGUCACUGGCACCUCUCGUAUCGCGGAUCGGAAUCAGGAGAGCCUGCCCGAGGUAGAGAAUACAACAAAGAGCACCUCGACCAACACAGCUACGACCCGUUUACCAGUCCGUCGGCCAGCGCUGGCUCCCAAAUUGGUUAAUGUGCAGGUACCGGUACCCACUGCCAUACAGAAGACAGACAAACCUUUGGUACCGCCUCCACCGAAAGGGGUGCAUAUAUUACCUCGCAUCUUCAAGGAUGCUCGACCGACAAGGGCCUAUAUGCUUUACCCUCAGGCCUAUCUCGACCAAACGCGCACUACACCUCUGUCUCAGAUAUUGCACAAGAGUCAGCCAAGGUCGAACGUGAAACCUGCCGACUCCACCCAGGAGCCUACGCCAACGCUACCAGCGAGCCCAUCGAUGCCCGGGAGCUUCCCGGACGUUGUGCAGGAUACGAGAGGCAAAAUGAACGACAGCCUACCCAACGUUUCGCCUCCCGUGCUGGGAAUGUUCCAGUCGGUAGUCAAGUCGUGGCAGGCGGUAUGGCGCGCUGCUUUCGGCACUCGAGGUUGA